AGCAUUGAAGAGAUGUGCCUGAGAAAAUAAAACGUUGUAAAGACAUACGUUUGGUUCCAAGGUCACAUUAAAAGACAAACAAACCUCAAUUGUAUUUUCAAUGUUUUCUUGGCUAGCAAAACCAUGAUAAUCCCAACCAAGAUAGGCAAUCUUCAAAGCAACAUGACGAACAUUGUAUCUAACUUGGUGAUAGGUUGAGCACUCAAAAUGGCGUCUGAAGAAGAGUCAGAAAAUUUUGUAGAAAUCAAUUACUACAUCGUUUUAAACGUCAGCAAGGAGGCUAGUACGGAAGAGAUUAAGUCAUCUUAUCGCAGAUUAUGUAAACUUUAUCAUCCAGAUCGGCAUGUUGAGCAAACAAGAAAAGAGCAAGCGGUAAAGUUUUUUAAUCAGCUGCAGAAGGCAUAUGAAGUGCUUUCUAAUGAAGAGAAGAGAGCAAUAUAUGAUAUGUAUGGACAGAAAGGGUUGGAUGCCGAUUGGCAGGUUAUUGCCAGACAAAGAACACCUGCAGAGAUUCAAGAAGAAUAUGAAAGAUUACAACGACAAAAGGAAGAAGAAAUGCUAAAUAGAAGAACAAAUCCUAAGGGAAGUUUUAUCAUUGGCAUUGAUGGAACAGAUAUCUUUGAGCAUUAUGAGGAUUAUAACGAUGAAUUUAGAUUGUUACCAAAUAUUGAAGUAACAAAGAUGAACAUAAACCAGUCAAUUGAGGCUCCAUUAACAAGCAAGGAUACAAUCACACUUGGUGGCAAUCUUGCUGUUCAAAAUGGUAAUGGUACAGGUCAUGUGUCUGCUGCUUGGCGAAGAGUUAUUUCUACAUUUUCUUGGGCUGAAGCUGAAUUUGCUGCUGGUAAUGGACCAUUGUUCCAAAUGAGAAUAUUUAAAAAUAUCUCCAAGUCCAGUUAUGGAAGUGCAUGUGUUGCUCUACAUGGACAAAAUAAAGGUUUUGGUGCUGGCAUUCAAGCAAUGGUUGCUAGGCAACUAGGAAACCAAACAACUGGAUAUAUGACAUGGAAAGCUGGUUCAGGUUCAUCUCUUGAGACAUCGCUGGUGAAGGAAAGUGCUAAUUCAAGAUUACAGCUUGGUCUUCAGCUUGGGAUCAAAAACUGUUUUGCUUCAUUUUCUUAUAACUACAAGAUUGCUGUUGAUACGACUGUGAGGACUGGAAUAAAAUUGGGUUUUUUGGGAUCUAAUGUGAGUUAUGGUGCAGAUCACAAGAUAUCUGAACGUAGUAAUAUUGGCAUGAGUGUUAAUGUUAGUACUCUAAGUGGUGUAACAUUGAAAAUAAGGUUGAAUCGUUCAAAUCAGAGUUUUGUUUUCCCUUUUUAUCUUUCUGAGUCCAUCUCUCCCAUGGCAAUAUUCUAUGGAACUGUGACCCCACUUAUCCUCUACUACUCCAUAAAUACUUUGAUUGUCAAACCAUUCUUAGCGCAAGCCAAACAAAGAGAGUCUAAAGAGAAGCAGGACAAAUUUGCUGAAAAAUUGUCAACGAUGAAAAAAAAUGCUGAAGAUUAUACUGAGUUAAUGAGAGAAACUUACGAAUCGUGCGUGGAGUGUGAACGCAAACGGCAUGGUCUCAUUAUCGUUAGUGCUUUUUACGGAAAAUUUUUAUCGUUCAGCGAAAACGAUCUUAACAAUCCCUACAGAAUGAAUAAAAUAAUUGAUGUAACCUUAGUCCUGCAAUGUCUUGUUAAAGAUUCUAAAUUAUAUUUACCUGAAGGCUCUAAGACUCAAAUUAGCGGUUUUUACGAUCCAUGUUUUGGUGAAGACAAGUCUCUUCAAGUGAGAUAUUUAUUUCGUGAUAUUUUACAUGAAGCAAUAAUUGACGACUGUCAGCAACUACGGAUUCCAAUAAAAUCUCACAGGCUACAGUCGACUGACUCAACGUAACGAGAUGAAGCGUUGUAGCAUUUCUUGAAUUUGAGAUAAGUCAGUAAAAGUUGAAUUUUGUCUUUUAUCCUGAUGAUAUUCUCAAACAUCUGUCCGUCAUUUUGAUUAUGCAUCAUAACUAAGACCAUGCAAUUCAAAAAAAAGUGUUUCAGAGGCAGCGCGGUCAUUUCCAAUAACGAUGAUAGCUACGCAACUAAAAUAGCGACAUAUUCUCACAAAAAUAUUUCAUCAUUUAUUAGAUGUUAUCAUAUCCCAUGAAACAGUAGGAAACGAUGGCAAAAAUAAACUGAAUCAAUUUUUGUAUUUGUUGAUAAAGUUUUAAAAAACGGAAUAAGUUUAUAAAUUUGCGAAUUUAAUGAAAAAAAAAAGGUUCACUUUUAGAGAUAUUUUACGACUUUGGAUAAAUUCUUGUUUCAUUAUUUCUGCCGUUGCUUUCUUUGUUGGAGAUUAAUUUAUUUUUUAAUUUUACCACGAUGGUAAUCAUUUAAAGCAUUAUCUAUAUCAAAAUACAUUUAUUUAAGAGGAAUAAAGCAAAAUGUUUGUAAAAAUUGAAAUCGUUGUUGUUGCCUUUGAAAAUGAUUAAAUGUUACGCAAUUUUUA